AUGCAAAUGUUGGAGGAAUUUCUCAAAAAGCGAUUUAGCAAAGACACAGGCGAAUCAAGAGGAGGCGAGGCCGGUAUUGUCCGUCUGAAUAGGCGCUGAUAGCGCCGCUGCGCCGGGGCUGUGCGGGCGCAGCGCUGAGAAUCCCGGCGCUGGGCCGGUCCGGGCGCGCCGGGGGCUGGAGGGCGCUUUUGCCUCUUCUCGGAUGCCUCUCUUUUCCCUUUUUGGUCCGGUUUCGCCCCCGUUCUCUCCUCCCAUUUUGUUCCGGGUUUCCCUCCGACCGGCCCUCGAAAGGCGCCUGAAUCCGCGUCCGUGUAGCCGCUUCGAUUUCGCGGCGCGUGUCGCGCGGGCGGGCCGAUGCUCCCGGCGCUCCGGGUUUUAUUUUCCUCAACCACCCACCCCCAUCUCCUUUUUAUUUUCUUUCUUUCUCUCUUUUCUCCUUUUUGCAAUUUGUGCCGAGAGGAGGAGAAGGGAGCGAGGAAGGGGGGUGGGUGGAGAGAGAAAAAAUUCGAUUUUUAAUUACUACCAUUAAAAAAUCAAAUUUGCAAUUCUUUGGGCGGCCUGAUGGAUCUCACUGAUUGACAGUUGGAAUUGACACUCUGGCUACCUCUUAUCUUGGGCAUUCACGACAAUUUCUAAUUGCAGGUAGUUUGUGUGUGUGCGCGUGUUUUUUUUCCCCCUCAGAGGCUUGGAUUGCAAGGGAACUAAGCGAUUACUUCAAGAGCCACGGGUUAAGUGCAGGGAAAGGGGGAGAGAGAGGGAAAAAAUCCAAUCCAAAUUCAAAUUGCUUCAUUAGAGAGACACCGCUUUUGUGGGGAAGGGCUUUAAAUGCCCACUACAAAGUUAGGACUCAUUGUUCGGCGCCGGUUUAUAUAACAGGCGCGGGGAGGCGCUGGGCUCAGGCUGCGCGGAGCCAGUCCAGCAGCCGCCGCCGCCUGCGUUCCCUCCCCCGCCCCCAGGUGAUGGCCCAGCCAGGGUCCGGCUGCAAAGCGACCACCCGCUGUCUUGAAGGGACCGCGCCGCCAGCCAUGGCUCAGUCGGACGCCGAGGCCCUGGCAGGAGCUCUGGACAAGGACGAGGGUCGGGCCUCCCCAUGUACGCCCAGCACGCCAUCUGUCUGCUCGCCGCCCUCUGCCGCCUCCUCCGUGCCGUCUGCCGGCAAGAACAUCUGCUCCAGCUGCGGCCUGGAGAUCCUGGACCGGUAUCUGCUCAAGGUCAACAACCUCAUCUGGCACGUGCGGUGCCUCGAGUGCUCCGUGUGUCGCACGUCGCUGAGGCAGCAGAACAGUUGCUACAUCAAGAACAAGGAAAUCUUCUGCAAGAUGGACUACUUCAGCCGAUUUGGGACCAAGUGCGCCCGGUGCGGCCGACAGAUCUACGCCAGCGACUGGGUGCGACGGGCGCGCGGCAACGCCUACCACCUGGCCUGCUUCGCCUGCUUCUCGUGCAAGCGCCAGCUGUCCACCGGCGAGGAGUUCGGCCUGGUAGAGGAGAAGGUGCUGUGCCGCAUCCACUACGACACCAUGAUCGAGAACCUCAAGAGGGCCGCCGAGAACGGCUGCCAUUAGAAGAGAUGGGGACGCGUGGUCAGCCGCUUCUAUCGCCCCCAGGGAACGGCCUCACGUUGGAGGGGGCAGUGCCCUCCGAACAGGACAGUCAGCCCAAGCCGGCCAAGCGCGCGCGGACGUCCUUCACCGCGGAGCAGUUGCAGGUUAUGCAGGCGCAGUUCGCGCAGGACAACAACCCGGACGCGCAGACGCUGCAGAAGCUGGCCGACAUGACCGGCCUCAGCCGGAGAGUCAUCCAGGUGUGGUUUCAAAACUGCCGGGCGCGUCAUAAAAAGCACACACCGCAGCACCCAGUGCCGCCCUCAGGGGCGCCCCCGUCCCGCCUCCCCUCCGCCCUGUCAGACGACAUCCACUACUCCCCGUUCAGCAGCCCCGAGCGGGCGCGCAUGGUCACGCUGCACGGCUACAUCGAGAGUCAGGUACAGUGCGGGCAGGUGCACUGCCGGCUGCCUUACACCGCGCCCCCCGUCCACCUCAAAGCCGAUAUGGAUGGGCCACUUUCCAACCGGGGUGAGAAGGUCAUCCUUUUUCAGUACUGACGCUGCCGGCACUCCCGCCUCUGUCCGUGGGCACCCCACAGCUGCCCCUCAGCCGCUGAGCUCCAGUGUCCAAGCUGCGGCCAGGGAUCCGCCCGCCUCCGCAUCCACCCCCAUCCGCCAUCCUGCCCACCACCAGCUCAGCCCUCCAGGCCCGGCCCUUCCCUCUCCUGCUGAGAACCCGCCAGGAGCUCCACAGAGUCCUCCUCUUGGAAGGCAGAACUCCCUGAAAUUUGGAAUCAGGGUGAAAACAACAGCCUGUUUUUUCCAUUUAAACAGAAGUCAUCUUCAGCUUAAGCUGAUUACAAUAGCAAAAAGCGGAAUUGAACUGUGCGACGCCAACAGCCUUCUAAUUUACAGGUUUUCUUCCCCCCAUAUUGGCCUUUAUUUACUACUUCCUUGGAACCAUCUCUGAAUUCUGAAUAGCUGACAACCCCCAAUGUUAUCCACUCUGUUGCUUUUGUCUGGAAAACUCUACAGUGUUUGUGGGAUAUCCCCAAAGGAAAGCUAUGUUCUAAUUUUAUCAUUUCCAUCUGUCUGGUUAUGUCAAGUUAAUUCAGAAAGAGAAGAGACACUGACCAACCCUGAGAGGCCCGACAGGGCAGAGAUGGAGACCUGCCCAGACGGAGAAGCGGGGGACGGGGGGUGAGGGGAGACAAAGACCCCCCUGGUCUUGAGAUCAAGCGCAGGAACGUGGGACACUGGACUGGGAGUGACACUAGCAUUCUAAGGAGAGGAAAGAGAAAACUUGGGGUGGAGGGAGUCCCUGCCCCCCAUCAUCUAGCAUAUAGGCAGGGAACAUAGCAAAGAUGGAAUUUGAUUGGCGUGAUGACUGUUUUGAAUGUUGGGGCAGUUAGAGUUGGGGACCCUUGUUGGCUACUUCUUGACCCCUGGUAGAGAUGGCUGGGCCAGGUCUUCUCUGGGGGGAUCACUUAGAGGGGGACCAGGGAACAGAGCCCAGUGAAAUGGCAGUCAGAAUGUUAACUAGGGAUCCAUCUCUGAGUGGAGACACAGUGCUCAUUGCCUAGGUGAGUGUGCCAAGUCUAGGAUUCCAGCUGGCACUUCUGAGCUUCCCCACCAGCCCUGCCAAGCCAGCCACAUACACUCCUGAGAACAGAGGCCAGACACAGCCACAUUCACUUCACCCCAUCCUGCAACAACUCUUCCACCCCAAACAAAAGGGCUCAGGCUACACACAACCAUGAUUUAUGUUUUUAGGGGACGCCCAUUUGUCCCAAGCUUAUCCCGUAAUUCCAGAACUACUCGGUGUCCUGGUGCAUUUUCCACUAGAGGUUGCUAGUAAGCAUGUUUUAGUCCAAGUCCUCCUUCCUGCUGUGGUUAACCUGUUAUGUUGCUUUUGGAAGGAGAUGCUAGGACAGGGAAAGCAAGUUCAUGGUACCUAUACAGCCAUUGUCCCUGUUUUUACCCAUGGCAGACAUCGCUGACCCAUGGCAGCUCUAUUUCACUGAGUCUGGAUGAGGUUUCAGAAUCCAAAUGCUUGACAUUGGCACUCAAAAUGAAAACCUAUAUGUCAUUCUUGCUCUGGGACCUGGGGCAGGCACAGGCACAGGUGCAGCCCAAGAAGGGAACCUGCUUCCUCCCCUUCCAAAAAUGGUUACAGCUGAGUAAGGGCAAAGAGAAGGCACCACCCAACACAUGGUGAGUACAGCUCAGUUCAGAACUCGUCCAGUGGUAACAUGUGCCCAGCCCUGUGCUAGGCACUGGCAUUAACAGGAGCAACCAGGCCUGGCCGUGGGGAGCACACGUCUUUCUUUUGACUGUUGCUUCUGAUGAUCAAAGCCCAAUGGCAACCACGUGGUAAGUGGCCAGCCUAGCCCUGCCCAGGGUCACCCAACACCCACUCUGCCUUGAGUCUCCUCCCAGGGUCUAUUCCUUGCGUGGAUCACGUGGCCGUAGCAUGUUACAGUUCAAACAUGUCUCCACUAUCCUGUUAAGAGCAGCCUGGGAACAUACAGGCCAUCGAGACUAUUUAUUUAAAUACAAAACAAAAGGGGAAAACACACGGAAAAAAAUUGUAAGCACUUUUUUGUAAAACCAAUGUCUGUUUUGUUACAUACCUUUCAUGUCGUGCUUUGUAAAUGUCUUAUUUGUGUAAUAAAGUUAAUGCAAGUAGAAGUGCUGGCACUUAAAUCCA